AUGCCGCCAAAAAAGGCACCGGCUCCAAGUAAAAAAACAGAGUUGAAGAAAAAAGAAAAAGUUAUUGAGGAUAAGACAUUUGGAUUGAAAAACAAAAAAGGUGCUAAACAACAAAAAUUCAUUCAGCAAGUAGAAAAGCAGGUGAAACCUGGAUCUAAGAAAGAUGAUCCAAAAAAACUUGACAAAGAAAAGAAAUUAAAAGAACAACAAGAGCUGGCUCUUCUAUUUAAACCUGUGCAAAAAGUUGACAAAGGUACUGAUCCAAAGUCCGUAGUAUGUGCAUUUUUCAAACAAGGCCAAUGUACUAAAGGCGAUAAAUGUAAAUUUUCUCAUGAUUUAACUGUUGAACGUAAAGCUGAAAAAAGAUCAUUGUACUGUGAUAUGAGAGAUGAUGACAAGGAAGCAGAUACAAUGGAUAAAUGGGAUGAAGAUAAAUUAAAGGAAGUUGUUGAAAAAAAACACGGUAGUGGAGGUAUUUGCAAAUAUUUCUUGGAAGCUGUGGAGAAAUCCAAGUAUGGAUGGUUUUGGGAAUGUCCUUUAAAAGCAAAAUGUAUUUACAGACAUGCACUACCACCAGGUUUCGUUCUUAAAAAAGACAAGAAAAAAGAAGAUAAAAAGGAUGAAAUUUCUCUUGAAGAUUUGAUUGAAAGAGAGCGCGCUAAUCUAGGACCUAAUCAAACGAGAAUAACGCUAGAGACUUUCUUAGCUUGGAAGAAGCGUAAGUUGAGAGAAAAGAAAGAAAAAGCUGAAAAAGAUGAAGAGAAAAAACGUAGUGAUUUCAAAGCUGGUCGACAAGUUGGUAUAUCAGGUCGUGAGAUGUUUUCCUUUAAUCCAGAGCUUGCUGCAGGAGAUGGUAUUGAUGAUGGUGACGAAGCUAUCGACAGCUAUGCAUUGCAUGAAGAAGACCCAGAAAACAUUGAGUACCGUGAGCUCGAUAUGGAUCAAUUAGCAUUGGAAGUUAGCGAAUUAGAUACUGCUGGAAUUACAAUUGCUCAAUCUGAUAGAUUGAAGAGUACCGUUACUGAAUCUAAAAGCGAUCAAGUUAAUGGUGAAUCUUCCGUGACUGUAGUUGGAGAAGGUGCUGGUGCAUUGGCAAUCAAUGAAAAUCUCUUUACGGAAGACGAUUUAGAAGGUUUAGAAGAUGAACUCGGGGACCUGGACAUGGAGGAGUAA